AUGUCGAGUUCGAUAGAGUCCUGCGGGACCACGCCAGGCGAGGCUCGGGCGCGGGGUUGUUUGUUCGAGCUACACAACUUCGCAUGGGUCCCGCCGGCGUGUUACGACCACGAGCUCGCGGACACAUGGGACGCCGACGACGGUUGGCUUUUCUCGCACAACAUGGAGGGCACAGACCUGAUCCCGAAAGAAGUCGCGCUUCGCGGCGAGCUUCCAGCGGCUUGGGUGCCUUGGAGCCAGCACCUCGCACACUGCGCCUUAAUCUGGCGCAAGUUCCAGCGAGCCGUCUCCUUUGGGUGGCCAAUGGAUAACUGGACAAGCAGCUAUAGCCAUACGGACCAUUGCGCUACUAACCUCAUCCGUCGUGACCUGGAGGAGGCCAGUUUCAAUAGCCUCCUCUAUCUCAAGUACCCUACUUGCGACUUUCGCUGGCGGACGCCGAUAACUCCGGCAGAGUUCAAAGCCAGUUUGCCGGCGGCAGCUGCGAAUCACAAACACAAUCAUUCUUGA